CUUUAGCCACUUGUUGCUAGGUAGCCUAAUGAAAUUAUCUCUCAACUCGCGUUAGCAUUUAGCUUAAACUAGCUAGUUAGCUUUUUAACUUUAGACAUUCAUGUAAGUACAGAGGAAGUUAUGAGCUCUCAGGACAAGGGUCCCCAGGAGCCUCGACAGGAGACCCUGCAGCAGGUAGCAGCCACAGUAAUCCAGAAGGCCUGGAGAAGACAUGUGUGCAUAGAGGUGUUCAAGUAUGUCAAAUGUCUUAUCAAUGAGUGCAACCAGCGCGAUCCCAAGAAGAUCCUAAAAUCUGUCAAUCCUCGAGAGGCAGAGUUGCUGGAUGCUGCCGCUGGCGUGUUCAUCAGAUUUCGACUUGGAGGGAUGACCUUUCCACCCAACAUAUAUUACAAGAUCUACACCCAUCGACCCAUUACUGAUAUGUGUGCCAGCAGCCCGAAGGACUACACCCAGCCAGACCUGAAGAAGCCUGUGGCUCAACAGAAUAAACAAGGCCAGCCUCUUAAGCAGGAGGACCGAUCAGGAUGGUACCGGCGAUUGGAGAACAACAGCUGGAGGCUCUUCUGUAACAAGGUGGCGUCCAUGAGUGAGCCCGAAGAGAUCGGCGCUAACAAGGAAAUGGACUUUCACCAUUCCAGGUUGCAGCGGCAACAGGAUAUAGACAUGUGGCGGAAGAAGAGGAAAAUAGAAUGGCUGAAGCACAUGUAUAACCAGGGUCGUCUGCAGACUCACCCGGUGCAUCGACACAUGGCGAUACUGGUGGAGAAUUCAGCACAGGAAGUGAUGGGAACCAUUAAGGAGAAGGGAAAUGCUGAGAUACUGGAGUGGGAGCUGGAUGAGCUUCUGGCCUGGACCAACACUCUCAACUUUGAGGAGUACAUGCAGGAUUGGAGAGGUUUGGCCUGCAGUGACUCCUCUGAGCCAAGCAAAGAUUCAUAUUCAUAUCCACCCAGGUUAGAUCAACACGAGCUUGCUGCUGUGGCUGCUGAAGACGGUUAGAUUAUACAGAAUAAAGUAAUUUAUGUUAAAACCA